ACUACUUUCAGCGUAUGUGGUGGUUCUUCACGAUGCAAAUCUCCCUCUUUAUUUUUAUGCUUAAUGGUGGAAGCAAUAUAUCAUGACUUCUAAAAGACGUAAUAAUGGAAGAAGCAAACAUGGCCGUGGGCACGUGAAGCCUGUGAGGUGUACUAACUGUGCUCGAUGUGUCCCGAAAGACAAGGCUAUUAAGAAAUUUGUAAUCAGAAACAUAGUUGAAGCUGCAGCAGUCAGGGAUAUUACUGAUGCUAGUGUCUACGAUACUUAUGCACUACCAAAGCUCUACGCUAAGCUUCAUUACUGUGUGUCUUGUGCUAUUCACUCAAAAAUUGUGAGAAACAGGUCUCGAGAGGCUCGCAAAGAUCGCACCCCACCUCCAAGAUUUAGACCACCUCUUGGGGAUAUGGGUGCUCGUCCAGCUGCUCCCCGUGUUACUGUCAAAUAAAGCAGUUACGCUGUAAUGAAUAUUUCCUUCUGAAAUAAAAGAAAUAUUAUCAUUGA